AUGGCUGAUGAUACCCCUGUCUCCGCGCCCAUUGACGGCGACCUGCCCGAGCGCACUACCGAGAAUCCCACUGAUUCCGAGAAGAAGUCAGAUGUGACUUCGGAAGACAAGCCUACCGAGAGUGAAGUUGCGACCGACAAGAAAAGCGACAAUGCCGCUGAGACUGACAAGCCUACUCCCUCUGGUGAGGCUCCUGAGGCCAAGGCCGAUGAGGUAGCUGCUGGUGCUGCCCCUGCCGAUGCAGAGGCUGCUGCGCCUGCGGAGGCCGACGGAACCCCUGCCUCAGCAAAGAAAGCCUCCAAGAACCGCCGCGUCUCCACCGGUGCCACACAGAAGCUCAGCCGCAAGAAGUCCCAGAGCCGCAUCACUCACCUGGACGCCAAGCCAGGUCAAACUUACCUUGCGCGCCUCCGCAGCUAUGCGCCCUGGCCCGCCAUCAUCUGCGAUGAGGACAUUUUACCUCCUAGUCUGCUUGAAAGCCGCCCUGUCACGGCUAUGCAACCGGAUGGGUCCUACAAAGGCGAGUACGCUGAUGGCGGAAGACGCACUCAUGAGCGUACCUUCCCCGUCAUGUUCUUCGAGACCAAUGAGUUUGCCUGGGUCCCCAACACCAACCUGACCCCACUGGAUCCUGCCGAGUGCAAGGAUGUCUCAGAGAAGAACAAGAGCCGACCGCUCCUGAACGCCUACAAAGUUGCAUCCGAGGGCCAUGACCUCCAGUACUUCAAGGAUCUUCUGAAUGAUCACCAAGCAGCCAUUGAACAGGAAGAGGCCGAGCUGGAGGCCCAGGAAGCGGAGAAGGCAGCUGCCAAGGCGGCAAAGGAGACCAAGAAAGGCAAGCGCAAGAGCAAGGGAGCUGAGACUGACGUUGAGAUGGAGGAUGCGGAUGACUCCAAGAAGGCCAAGGCUCCUUCAAAGAAGCGCAAGAAGGAGGCCGAAACCGACGCCGAAGCGGACAAGCCCGCCAAGACCCCCAAGACAAACACUAAGCUCAAGUUGACCACCCCCAAGGCACCCGCCGAGGAGCCCGGAAAGAAGACCCCGGCUACGAAGACCCGGAAGGCCCCCGCUAAGAAGGGCAAGGCUGCUCCUGCUGCCAGCGACGAAGGCGACAGUGCCGAUGCCAAGGAACCCGAGAAGCCCAUUGACCCGGAGGAUCUGAGAAAGAAAAAGGAAAAAGAGAGUACGCAUUUCCCCAUUACCCAUGAGAACCCCCGUGAGACCGAGCAGGAUAGCUUAUACCUUACAGUCCUGUUCCUCCGCCACAAGCUCCAAAAGGGAUUCAUCUCCCGUGACCAAUCCCCCAGGGAAGAUGAGAUGGCCGGCAUGGCCCCCUACUUCGACAAAUUGGAGAAGCACUCUGAUUUGGAAGUUUCGAUCAUCCGUUCCACCAAGAUCAACAAGGUUCUGAAGUUGAUCGUCAAGCUAGCCUUUAUUCCUCGGGAUGAUGAGUUCAAUUUCCGCCACCGCGCUAUGAACAUCCUGUCCAACUGGAAGAACAUCUUGGAUGCCGACACUCCUGGCUCCGCCGACAAGGAGGAGAAGCCCGCCGUCAAUGGCUCCAAGGAAGAAGAAGGUGCUGACACCCCGAAGCUGGAGACUGAGGAGGAGAAGGAACCCGAGUCCAAGGCCAAGGAUGAUGUCGAUUCUCCCAUGCCGGAUGCCGAAGAGACCGCUCCUGAGCCCGCGAAGGAGGAUGGCGCAGACAAGGAAGAGCCGGCCGAGAAGCCCACAGAGGCCGAGGAGAAGCCUACAGAGGAGAAGCCCACAGACGAGAAGCCCGCAGAGGAGAAGCCCGCAGAGGAGAAGCCCGCAGAGGAGAAGCCCGUGGAGGUUGCCGCUUAA